GCUCGUCGUCAAACCUGCUAUCAUGAAUGGUUUUGGUGGGAUGCACGGGGGCGCUGUUGGUGCAAUAGCUGAGAGAGUGGCGAUUGCUUGUGCUAGAACAGUUGUGGGAAAGGACAGAGAGCUAUUUCUUGGAGACUUAAGCAUCUCUUACCUCUCAGCUGCUCCUCUUAAUGCAGAAGUGAUGGUUCAUGGAUCUGUAGUUAGGAGUGGAAGAAGUAUAACUGUAGUAGCUACGGAAUUUAAACUGAAGGACUCUGAUAAAUUGGUUUACAUUUCUCGUGCAACUUUGUAUCAUACACCAGCUGCAAGUUUGUGAGCGGGCAUGCCUUCCUGUUUUAUUGAUACACCAGCUGCAACUUUGCUCAAACAGGUUAACCUUGCUACAACACACUGGUGUUGCAUCCAGUUUCGAGGGCAUGCCUUCCUGUUUUAUUGAUAUUCAAUUUUACCAUUUUGGUUACUUUUUGGUACAUAUGACUCUUUCCAUCCCAUAACUUCAUGGCUUCAUGCUUCAUUUUCGAGAUACCCAAAAUAAAGAGUUGUGCGGUUAAUAUUAGAAAAGUAUUUAUUUUCUUUCUGAAUAAACCUCAACAUCAC